CAGGCGGCGGGAGGGAGGCUGUCCGUCCACCAGGCCGCGCUGUCGAGUUUGACAGCUCUCGCGUCUCCCACACAUCCAUGAACCGGGAGGGCUGAGGGAGAGCGGCCGGGACUGGAUCCACCACCCGCCGCGUUUCCCAUCCCUGAUGGCGGAGACCAAGAUCAUUUACCACAUGGACGAGGAAGAGACGCCGUACUUGGUGAAGGUGGCGGUGCCGCCGGACCGGGUCACUCUCGGUCACUUCAAGCAGGUCCUCAACAACAGGCCGAGCAGCAGCUUCAAAUUCUUCUUCAAGUCCAUGGACCUGGACUUCGGGGUUGUGAAGGAAGAGAUUUCUGAUGAUAAUGCCAAGCUUCCUUGCUUCAAUGGAAGAGUCGUUUCAUGGUUGGUGCUGGCUGAAGGCUCGCUUUCUGACGGGGGCUCCCAGUGUGCAGAGAGUCAAUCAGAGCUACCUCCCCCCAUUGAGAGGACGGGAGGCAUCGGCGACUCCAGGCCACCAUCGUUUCAUGCUAACACUGCCGGCAGCCGGGAUGGUUUGGACAAUGAUACUGGAACAGAAUCAAUCCUGAGCAUCAGACGGGAGCGGGAACGACAUCGACGAAGGAACAGAGAGCGAGAGAUGCACGAUGAUGGCAGGCUACCAAUACUUAAGGAGAUACGAGGCACUGCUGAUGCUGGUUUACAAAGAAAUGACACAAAGUGCUGGAGUAACUCAGCAGGCCAGGCAGCAUCGCUGGAGAACAUGGUUGCACGAGUAAAUGGACACCCAAAACCAGAUCGGCAUCGCAAUCCAGGUGGUUACGAUAGUGCCUCCACUGUGAUGAGCAGUGAAUUGGACUCGAGCAGCUUUAUUGACUCUGAUGACGACAAUACUAGCAGGUUAAGCAGCUCGAUGGAGCAGAGCACUUCGUCUCGACUCAUGAGGAGGCACAAACGUAGGAGGCGGAGGCAUCGCAUGAGACAGAUGGACAAGUCCUCAUCAUUGAGCAGUAUCACAGACUCCACCAUGUCACUCAAUAUUAUCACUGUGACGCUAAACAUGGAGAAGUACAAUUUCCUGGGGAUCAGCAUCGUGGGUCAGAGUAAUGACCGGGGAGACGGCGGGAUUUACAUUGGGUCGAUAAUGAAGGGAGGAGCAGUGGCAGCUGAUGGCAGAAUUGAGCCUGGUGACAUGCUUCUGCAGGUCAAUGAUGUCAACUUUGAAAACAUGAGCAAUGAUGAUGCUGUGAGGAUUCUACGGGAAAUAGUCUCAAAGCCUGGACCCAUCAGCUUAACAGUAGCCAAGUGUUGGGACCCCACCCCCAGGAGCUAUUUCAACAUUCCCAGGACAGAACCAGUGAGACCUAUUGACCCAGCAGCCUGGAUCUCUCAUACCACUGCCAUGACAGGAUCAUUCCCCCAUUACGGCAUGAGCCCUACCACCAGUGCCAUUACUUCCACCAGUUCGUCACUAACCAGCUCCAUCCCAGAUUCAGAAAAGUUUGAAGAUUGGCCACUAACGGUUAAAAGUGAGAUGCCAAUCAUCGUCAAGGCAAUGCAGUUGUCUGACUCGGGACUGGAGAUCCGUAAUAGACUGUGGUUGAAGAUCACCAUUUCAAAUGCUGUCAUUGGAGCUGAUGUAGUCGACUGGCUUUUCUCACGCGUGCAGGGAUUUAAAGAUCGGCGCGAAGCAAGAAAAUAUGCAAGCAGUAUGCUGAAGCAUGGCUACCUCAGGCAUACAGUCAAUAAAAUUACCUUCUCUGAGCAGUGUUACUAUAUCUUUGGGGACCUCACUGCCAAUAUGGCUGGCUUGAGCUUAAAUGAAGGUUCCAGUGGCACAUCAGAACAUGACAUUCUUGCACCUCUCCCACAUCCAGCGUGCCCCUGGCAGUUGGCUCAGGGGUUCCCGUAUCAGUAUCCACUGCCUCAGUCGUAUUAUCCUGCGACAUGCCAAGAGCCCACCCCAAACUAUGGAAAUGGCAGUGCUGGAAGCCAGCAGAGUGAAGGAAGCAAAAGCAGUGGAUCUAUUCGGACUGUUGGUGAGAGAAGAAGCUCAAUGGGGAAGGAAAAGGAGCAGAAAACAGAGUCAAAGAAAGUGGGGGUUGAGGGCGAACCUGACCGCACCACUGGGAACAUUAUGCACUGUGAGCGACCAGCAAGCCAACUCAGCCACCACAGCCACUGUUCUCAUGGACUUCCAGGAGUUCUGCCAAUCUACCAGCCCCCAGUCCAAAAAGCAUGUGGGCCCCCUGGAGCUCCCCCUGUCCGGGAUCUAGCAGCUGUCCCCCCUGAGCUCAUCGGCAGCCGGCAAUCCUUCCAAAAGGCCAUGGGGAAUCCAUGUGAGUUCUUCGUCGACAUCAUGUGACAGUACUGACUUCUCACACUAAACAACACUGAAUUUUUUGCACACACCACUGUUUGAGACUCACCCCUAAUAUUUCAGGAACCUCAGGCUUCUAAUUCUAACCGUGAUUCAAUUUCUCAUCUGUCCUUGUUAAUAAGAACUUUAAAUUGAUUGGUUUUGGUAAAUAUUGGUGCCAAGCACUACAUUGUUUUGGUGUAUUCUACGUUUUGGUGCCGUCAUCAGCUUUUUUGUACAUUUUAAAUGGAUGUUGAAGUUCUUCUGAUCUACUUAGAUGUUUAAAGGACUAUUUUAGUCCCUCUCUCACAGGUCCUCACCAUCCAGUCAUCUGCUUUUGUGACAGGGACUCCAUGUUUAAGUGCACCCCGACCUAUCAGUGUAGUUUGCCAAAUCCCUUCAGCAAGCAUCUUUUUGUUGUCUCCUUUUGCAACUCAGUAAUGCACAAGGCAACAACCUUUCAAAAAGUAUUUUAAAGAAUUUAAAAAUUCAUCAGUUGACGUUUAAACAGCCCUUGCACUCAGCGACCUUCUCUGCUGCAAGGGAGAGGAAAUUAUAUGGCACACCUUGUGCACGUAAUGUGUUGUCGACAUCCUCAGGCAGUCUGGAGGACUUGUAAUUUUGAUCAUAGCUACGGCUAAAUGACACCGAAUCAUUCAUAGUAUUAUUGCCAUUUAGUCAAUUUUUUAACGGUUUAUGCUCUGUCUGAAACAGCUGCUUGUUAUAAAUGAUACCUUUCCUUUGCUUUUUUUUCUUUGCCAUUCCCAGCAACGAGUUGUAAGGAUAUGAUUCUGUUGUGUUUUUUCCCCCAAAUUUUCACUUUACCCUUGAGAAAAUGCUGACUCUUUCAGAGGUUCAGACACCUCCUCUCUUAAAUGUGUUCACUCAUGCUGGGUUAGGUCCCUCCUCUUCUCCUGAAAUGCUGGCUCCGACUGGGAUCCACAUCUGCCCAAUAAGUGACUAUCCUUCAUCCUUUCUCUCGGCACCCGUGCAGGUAGGCUGAAAGGUAAAUUACAAAAUCUUGCUAGAGGCUGUCCUGCCAAUUUCUGUAUGAAUGUACAAACAUACAAAGUAGGAGCAGGAAAACAAAAAGUUCCGUCCAUCUCGCUCUUAAAUGAGUGAGCCUUGAUUUUCCAGCAGUUUCCACUAGUUUAGGUUCUCUCACGAAAGGAAAUAUUGUUUCCACCCGUACUGUUAAAAUCCCUCAGGUUCUCACUUGUUUAAAUCAAGUCCCCUCUCACACUUCUAAGAAUACUAACGUGGCCUGCUGUGAAGAAAAUGUUGACUUUACUAAGAUUCAAACAUCACUUCUGAAUCUUUGUCAUAAGAAAACCUGCCCAUUCAAGACAUUAGUCUAAUAAACUUUGCCAGAAAUGCUUCCAACACAUUAACAUCCUUCCUUUAACAGAGACUAAUAGUACUCCAGGUGUACUUUCAUCUAUGCCCUAUCUAUUUUGACUUUUUUAGAAGGUACUAAGCGAGUUGUUUUUGGGAUAGAAAAAACAACAAAUCAAAAUAAAAACCAAACCUAAAUGGAAAGUCGCCCACAAGACAUUAGCUUACUGCGCACACCAUCAGGUUAGCAACCUUUCACAUCAUUUGAUGUGUUGAAGCACAAGAAGAAUUAAGACAUUUAAGAGGAAUCUGGUCAGACACUUGAACGAGUAAGGUAUAGAGGGAUAUGGAAUUAAUGCAGGGAAGUGGAAUGAAUAUAGAUAGGUGUGGGCGGUAUAAACACGGAGGCCAGACAGCCUGUUCCUAAGUAGUUCAUCUGUGAUUCUGACUGCAAAGGAUAAUUUCAUGUUUUUGUAUGUUAUAUUCCACUUGCCAGAUCUUUGUUGACUCACUUAACCUAUUUAUAUUCCUUCUUAGUGUCCUUAUAACAUCUUCCCAACUUGCUUUCCUGUCUCUGUUUUUGUGUCGCCGGGAUAUUUAUUUUUGUGCAACAAAUAUACCUUAGGUGCCUUCGUCCAAGAUGUAUAUAAAUUGUAAAAUUAAAAAGCCGAGCACCCAGCUCCAGCACUCAUCCCUGCGGGCACAUCACACAUUACAUCUGACACUUAAUUCCUGUAUCCUGUUAACUAACCAAUCAUCUAAUAACAUGGAGUUUUAAUCUUCUGCCCAAACUAAGCCUACAUUGCUAACUCUACCAUUAACCAUGACAAUAAUUUUGCCACUCUCUCUCUCGCCCCCCCCCCCCCCCCCCCCCCCCCCCCCCAGUUCUCAGCCUCCGCUCUCCCAAUACCUUUUCUUAAAAUAAGAAUGCAGGGGAACAUUUUGCACUGGGGAGUGCAUCGCACAGAUUAAGAGAAUGAUGCUGGAAUGGGAAACCUGAUAGCAGACAUAAACAGCCAGGGGUCUUGUGUGUAACGAUAGUUUCCUUCUAUUUCAGAGAAUGAGGAAAUGGUGCAGUACAGGGAGUCAGAUUCAAUUCCAUCAGGUCUAAGUACAGCUUCAGUCAGAGCGUCAGAGUGUGAAGGGCACUGGAUUAAUCUUACGUUCUGGUUGUAGCCUAUUCCUUGGCACAGGUGAGUGUGAAUGCUGUCACAUUUGCACAAGUAGCAGCAUUCCGGGACUAUGAAACAUUAUUUGAAGAAAAUAAACAUUUCAAAGCUUCAAUAUUAGCAUAUAGUGAAGCAGCUUGAAACAUUGCUUCAUCCUGUGGGCAUCGAGAGAAAGAGCUCGGAGGAUUGGUAGAUCGUGCGAGGUCAGCAGUAAACAAGGCUCAAUCCUUGAACAUUGAAACAAGUUGGUCCAACACUGUGGAUUGUAAUAAUGAUAAUGAUGCAGAUUUAUUGAAAAGUUUAAGAAUACUAAUCGUAAUUAAGAGAAAAUGUAAAAAGAAAUGUACAGUAGAAGAUAAAAUUUUAUUAAAUUAAUUAUUGUAACUAUUCUGUAGAUCAAACUCAAUGAAAGAAGUUUGAUCCAAACUGCAGAUCAGUUGUUGGGAGCUGUCAUUGUGUGUACCAAUGUUGUAGAUACUGUAUUCAGUUCCUGUGUCUCUAUAGUUAAUAUAUCGCUGCCUUGGUGUAAAGCUAUUUUAAACACUAAAACAAAAUCACAUUUUUCUUGCCUUAUUUUGUUUCUGUUUUCUUUUUCACUUGUUGCAUUGUCCAUUUUAUUUUACUAAUGCUUUCGGAAAGAAUGUGUAGGAAGGAACUGCAGAUGCUGGUUUAAACUGAAGAUAGACACAAAAAGCUGGAGUAACUCAGCGGGACAGGGAGCAUCUCUGGAGAGAAGGAAUGGGUGAUGUUUCGGGUCGAGAAAGUCUGAGGAAGUGUCUCGACUCGAAACGUCACCCAUUCCUCUCCAGAGAUGCUGCUGGUCCUGCUGAGUUACUCUAGCUUUUUGCGUCUAUCUUUUGGAAAAAAUAUUUAGUAAGGAUCAUGCGAGUCCAACGGUGAGAUUUUCCUGCCUGACCUACUGAGUUCCUCCAGCAGUUUUGUUAUUUGCUUGGUGAGAUUGGAAUCAUAUUUGCAAAUUUAACAGCAGGACCUACAUUAAUGAAAGUUUAUCUCACUCAUGGGGCCACAUUUUAGAGGGGUAGUUGACAAUGGAGGCUUUGAUUAGGAUUAACAUUGGUACUGCAUGCAUUAUAUUAGAGGGCACCGUUCCGUCAUAUAUACUGAUUUUAGGGACAGGAUGUGCUGGAUCCAGAUUAACACUUUUUAUACUCUCAAAUACUCCCAGGUUAGUUAUAAUAUUAAUUUAAUUCGGAAUUACAUACCCACUGUCCUCUGAAACCUGUUGAAGGAGCUUUUGCAAGUCAGAUAGGAACAUUGCUAUCAUUUUGACUGUUCAAUUUGGAUAUUAUUUGCAUUGUUGACUAAUUUCCCUUUGCAUUCAUCCUGUGUAUUCAUCUAAACUUCUUGGGUCACUGAUCUACACAUCAUCUAAAACAUAAUUACAAUCCUUGGGCACUGAAGUGAAUCGAUUUGGAUAAGUUAUGUCCCAUAUUUAAAUGGAAAUAAAACACCUGGAGCUCUUAUAGAAUAUUCUGGCAGUCUGGUUGGUAUGUGUGAGAGCAAUUAGAAUCAUAGAGUCAUACAGCACAGAAACAGGCCCUUUAGCCCAACUUGUCCAUGCCAACCAAUAUGCCUAUCUCUGCUAUUCCCAUUUGCCUGCACACACCUAUAUCAACUCUAAACUUUUAUUUUACAUGCACUGGUUCAAAUGUAUUUUAAAUGUUGUUACUGCAGAAUGAAUGAAUGACCUGUUUCUGUGCUGAAUGACUCCAUGCCUUUAUGACCUGCCUCAAACACUUUCACUGGCAGUACAUUCGAUAUCUGUAUCAUCCUCCAUGAAAAAGUUGCCCCUGAGGUCCUUUUAAAUCUUACCCCGCUUACCUUAAACCUAAGCCCUCUUGUGUUAGAUUCCCCAUCCCUUAGAAAGAUUCUGUCUUCACACUAUCCAAGCCUCUUGUGAUUUUAUGUACCUCUCUGAGGAAUUAAGUCCUAACUUGCCCCCACUCUCCCCACCUGACUCCAUCUACCCAUCAUUCCCCAUCUCACCUAUUGCUUGCUAGCCCAUGCCUUGCCCCUCCCUCUCACCUCUUCAUGCUGUUUGUUUCAUCUUCCUCUUGUUUCAUCAAUUGCAUUUAUUUGGAAGUACAUGCAGACUAAUGGAAGGCAUACUGAAACGUUAAUGAUGAUAUGGGUAUACGAUAUGGGUACCUGACAAACUGCUCAGACAAUCAACAUGCUCCAUCUCUGCUGUCUAUUUAGGAAAUUCAGAGCGUUGACCUAGAAAUUACUUUGCACUUUUUUGCAAUUAAAAGUGGGUUGUCUGCCACCCUAACAUUAUUUGUAAAAGUCACAUAAUUAGUGACAACUUCAAUCGAGGUUCACAGAACAAUGUUGUGGAGUCUCUCUGUUGUGCCACCAGUAUUUUCCACCCGUGUGUCACAGGUUCUCACAGUAAUCGCAAUGUAGCAUAGUUACUUCUUAAAAAGACAUUUUGCCAUGUAAGCAACACCCUUGCAGCCACAAAGGAGUGUUUCCAUUGAACAAGUGGAUGUGGGAAAGAUGGGAAAAUUCUGCAUGUGUACCAGGGUGGCAUAUCAUUGGCCUUCAGUGUUGGAUGAUGGAGCCUCCACGGGCUCCUGACAGUAUGAUUGUGUGUUGUAUUGUGUUUUAAAGAGGAUGAUGUAACAUUUGGGCAGGAAGUAGGAUGUGAUAGUUCCAUACACGCUCUCAAGACCUGCAAGUAGUUGUGUGAAGGAAACAAACUUGCCCUUGGCAAUGGUAUAGGCUUUUUCCUAGCAAUUGUGAGGUAGAUGAACAUGGGAAAGGUAAUAUGUUGGCCGAGAUUGUACGUUUAGGCAGUACUUUUGUAAAGUACUACUGAAAGUACACAACAGACAUGCAAGAGCAAGCAAGCCAUUAUAGCUUAAUAGUAACCCAAAAACACUCAAGGAGCCCUCAUCACAUUCCAUGAAUAUUUCUAUGACAGAAAUAUCAUAUUUUACAAAGACAAAGGGAGGGGACAUAGACUGCUAAGUGGUACACGGAGCAACUUGAAGGAGCAGGAAAAAGCAGAUAAGUAAAUACUUGCCAUUGUGUCACAUGAACUUAGUGAACCAUUGUGGGGUGCAGCUGGUUUUGCUAAACAAACUACUCACUUGAAAUGACUAAUAGCUGCUACACAGACAACAAAGCCAAUUGAGAGAAGGGGCUGACUGAUUCUACAUAGUAACCAGUUUGGUUUCUCCAGAAAAAGAUAAAUGCUGCAGCUUAUUAUGGCUAUGAAUAACAGCAUCACCAGACGAUGAUGACCAGCAUCACAUGAGAUGGUCCCUCCAGUCAGCCCGAUAAUGGAGAUUGAAGAUAAAAAUGCAAAUUACUGUUGUGAUGAUGAGGAGAUCUGCAGUAGUCAGCGCAGACAGCAAGAUGGCCAGUGUGCCUGUUCACCGGAAGAACUUGAUCACUCUCUUCUGACAUUUCACUUUUCCUGGUGAUGACCAUUCAUUUUUCUGACAUGGAAGGCACUGUUUGUCUGUGGAGGUGGAGAUGGUUUUUACCAUAUUGGUGAUGUUUGUGCAUUAGUCUUUUCAUGGGCAAUCAGCCCACUGAUAACAGCAAGGAAUAUAUCCUUUCACCAUUUUCGAUCCACAAGAAGUUGAGCAAUUGGAGUCAAGUUUCUGAAAGUCAGAGAAGUAGUAAUAUUACUUCUCAAGGAUCAGACUCCUUUGUAAAUAAAGGAAUCAGCGUGAAAAUGUAUUUUUUUUCCAAACUCCGCCUCUCAACCCAGACCUUGAUGGAAUCCUGUGUAUUGAGUAAGUUCAAUUUCUGCUGGCUCUAUGUUAUCCAGUACAUCGUGAUCCUAAUGUCCAACCUUGUGCCCCUCCAUGCUUUCAGCACAAUGAUCUCUUCACUAGAACGUGCCUCAAUGCGGUUUCAAAUCCAGCUUGGAUCUGCGAGUAGUUCUGCAUAUGUGUGUUUUCAACAUCAAAGUUUUGUUCAAAUUCACCAAAAACAUUACCAGUGUUGACCUUCUGUUCCUCCUUUCUCCUCCUGUUCAAUGCAUUACAGCAUUACAACAUGUAAAAUAAAAUGACAGAAACCUUUGGGUGCAGGUUAACAGGGAUAGAUUAAGGAUGUGAGAGAAGGCAGUCUGGUGCAUGUUUGUGAUUUUCCCUCUGAGUUUCAGAGGUCACACUGAAACAAUUAUAUCCAAAU